GUGUGUGUGUGUGUGUGUGUGUGUGUGUGUGUGUGUGUGUGUGUGUGUGUCAGGAGGAGGUACCGAUCUGUCAGGGAAGAACCCGCCGCCACAGGAUAAGCUGAGGAGCAGGGUGGUGGUGGUGAAGUACGACAGGAAGCCGCUCAGCAACAAAACUCUGUUCGCCUUCACAGAGCCCUUCGGACGCCUGAGGGAACACCUGGUGCUCAACAACAAGGCCUUCCUGGAGCUGCACAGCCACGAGGAGGCUCUGGACAUGGUGAACUACUACCAGCAGCACCAGGCCAAUCUCUACGGGAAGCCCAUCACCUUCUACCUGUCCCGCAGACUGCAGGUCAUCGAGAAAAACAACCGAGGUUCAGACCGGUCGAUGGAUCUUUCGAUGGAUCGUCCAAUGGAUCGUCCGAUGGAUCGUCAGAUGGAUCGUCCGAUGGUUCGUUCGAUGGAUCGUCAGAUGGAUCGACCGAUGGUUCGUUCGAUGGAUCGUCAGAUGGAUCGACCGAUGGAUCCUCCAAUGGACCGGCCUGUGAGGCAGGUCAAAGGUCAGGAGAGUCAGGUGGUCUUCUUCAACAACAUGCCCAGAGACGAGGAGGAUAAGAAGGAGCUGCUUACCAUCGCGGCUCGAUUCGGAGAGGUGGAGAAACACCUGUUCCUCACAGACCAGGCGUUUGUGCAGCUGGGGACUCCGGAGGACGCGGAGAUGCUGGUGAAAUAUUACAACGUUCACUCUCUCACCAUCAAGGGCCGACCCAUCCGCCUCAACAUCUGCACCAAGUACAAGACCCUCAAUGUGAACAAGAAACUUGGAGGCGCUCGAGGCCCGAGGACCGGAGGACCAAACGCCUCCAGGACCUCCUCGAACGCCUCCAGAACCUCCUCGAACGCCCCCAGGACCGCCUCAAACCCCCCCAGGACCGCCUCAAACCCCCCCAGGACCGCCUCCUCUUCCUCCAGGUCCAGAUCCAGGAGUCGGGAGGAGAGGAGGAAGGAGGAGGAACCGAAGGCUGAGGAGGCUGAGGAGGAGCAGCCGGCGGCAGGAGAAGAGGAGGAGGAG